AUGGCGAUCUACUUCCGGCUGAAGCCGAUAGUGGCGCCGCACGCGGAGAAGGUGGCGACUCCUGUCGGGGAGCGACUGCAGCGCUACUGGCCGUGGCUGAAGUGGUCACGAAAAAUUACCAUCUCUCUGUAUGUGUUUCAGUCCGAGUCCCCGCUGAUGAUUAAACCUUACAUCAAGGACAUGACUAAGUCGGAGCUACACGCCAUCAUGACGGGAGGCUUUGCAACGGUCGCUGGAUCCGUGCUCGGAGCUUACAUCAAGUUCAACGUGAGCGCCAGUCACCUGUUGUCGGCGUCUGUGAUGUCGGCACCGGCGGCCCUCGCCAUCUCUAAACUCUUCUAUCCGGAGACGGAGCCGUCAAAGACGAUGACGGCCGAGGACGUCACGCUGCCGAAAGGGAAGGAGGUGAACGUUGUCGAGGCGGCAGCUAACGGCGCGUCGACGUCUAUCAAGCUCGUCGCCAACAUCGCUGUCAACCUGAUAGCCUUCCUCGCCUUCCUAGCUCUCAUCAACGCCCUGCUCAGCUGGUUCGGUUCUCUCCUCGGACACCCGGAGGUCACCUUCGAGGUACAAAGGUCGUGA